GUGACAGACUGUGCAACGAUCGCGACGAUGUUCUUCGGAUUGUUUCACGUACAAACAUGAUUCGUGACGCCAACUUGUCAGCAUAAUUCAUCGCACGCGACAUCAUAGACGAAGCCUCAGUCAGGCUAUCGAACAAUGCCUGUCCAUCGGUCCACCUUUUAUCCUGUUUACGAAGGCAGAAGUUUUUGAGUCCCUUGAAUUUACAUCAUCGUUAAACAGGAACCCUCAUCAAGUCGUGUUUUAGUCAGUCACAUAUCAAAUAUCGUGUCUCGCUCUCCCCGCAUCCCCGAUCCUUGAAGGUGCUCUAGAUUUUUUUGUGUAAGGGGUUAUUCUUAUUUCGCUAGAUGUUGAGUCAGUAGUAUAUCGUUACUUUUGUUGCUAUCUGUAUCUCCACACUAAACAGACACGUUGAAUUUGAAGAUAGAUCUAUCGCUAUUUGGUUCUAAGCGCACCAGACCCUCGCAAGAUUUUGGUCCGACAAGUUUCGAGGUUAUAUCUUCACCUCUUGUCGCGACUUCGACUUUAUCUAUUAUGUCAGCUUGCCAUGGGUGACGCUACUUUCAUAGAAAGAUAGAAAGUUCUUAUAGGCCAAACUACUAGUUUGGCGAUGCCAGAAAAUGGUCCACGGUACUCUGAUCACGUUCCAAGAGCACCACCGCGACCCGCCACGAGCGUCAUCAACAGCUACGGCGUCAACAUCGACACGAGACAUCAAAAUCCUCGUCGACGGCUUUCAAUCGAAAUCGGACGAGGUGAAGCACUACAUCCUCUCCCACUUCCAUUCCGACCACACACAAGGGCUCGGAAAGGGGUUCAAAAUCAAAAACGCGAAGAUCUACUGCACCCCGCUCACUGCGGAUCUGAUCACGGAAGUGACCGGGGUGAGAAAGGAGUUUGUCGUGCCGGUUGCCUAUAACACGCUGCAUUGGCUCCCAGAGGACAUUGAAACGCCAAUAAGAAAUGGGGAGCACCAGCAAGAACGCGAAGCGUUACCUCGAUCAUCCAACACUUACCUCGUAUUUCUCGACGCAAACCACUGUCCCGGCGCCGCGAUCAUGCUGCUGGGUAAUUUGCGCGAGAAGAAGUGCGUGCUGCACUGCGGGGAUUUUCGCGGGACGCCGGUCGUAGCGGCGGAAGUCAAGAAGUGUCUGAAGUGGCUGGCGAACCACUAUUCAACAAUAUCGAAGCUGGCGGGUCUGCAGCAUGACAACAUAAAUCACUUCCACGACCUCCGGAUUGAUACAAUUUACCUGGACAACACGUACUGCAGUCCGAAAUGGGUCUUCCCCUCCCAGUUGUCCGUUUUGAAGCAGUUGAAGCAGUUCGUCAUCCAGCAGCUGCGGAACCACCCGGACAAGAAAAUCCUGUGGUUCAUCGGCAGCUACGCGAUUGGCAAGGAGAAGGUCGCCGCGGUGGUCGCGGAAACUAUUGCGGAGUACUUCAAAAGAGAAGGCGGCCCGCAAUUGACGGUGAAAACGGAACGACGCUGGAGCAUACAGAAGUUAGUGCAAAAACACUACCCGGAAUUUGACUACUUCACACAGGCGCGGUUGGGAGAUGAGGAGGCGGAAGAUGCUGGUUGUGAAAAUUAUAGUGCAGCUGGUGGUAAGAGUGCUGUUCAAGUUCAAGACCAAACAAGUGACGACAAUUAUGGCCUGCCGCAGCCACAGCUACAAGAGAAGGACACCAGUCCGUGUUCAUUUGCUAUUGACAACAAGAAGCCCAACAAGAACGACGUCUGGAUGGUGCCCCUGUCCGACAUCCGGCACGACAAACUGUUGAAAAACCUGGCGCUCGGGCCAGAAGCUGUUUUGAGAACGGAACGGCAGCUCGAGGCGGAGAACAGAAAGCUGAAAAACCGAACUUUCGACGGCGAGGGCUUCCUGCCGAAGUCGGAAUACGAGGAAGUCGUGGAGAAUGCAACUGCUGGAACAAGAACAAAUAGGAAGAAUUACAAAGCGACUCGCGGGCAGAAACUGAAACCGUCCGACGAGGAGCAAGACAAAGAUGCGCUGGCGAUCAUAAGCGGACUGAAUAGAGGCACAGAUCUCGCUGGUGACAAUGAAGUUGUCGACUUGCUGGAUGACGAAGACGAUCUUCUUGAUCAGGUAGAGCAAGACUUGGAGAAAUUGGAAUGCGAUGACGAUUACGAGGAUCCGCGUCUUUUUCCACCAGACCAGCACCAGCAGGCGCAGCAGGAAGAAGUUCUUGGAGUCCGUUCUGAUAAAGAUCUUCUCGACGUCGACAUACCAGCAGCGUCCGAUCCGCUAGUGGUACCAGAACUACCAGACGAAAACCGGUUUUACGAAAGCAACAACCGACCUAGUAAACGGAAGCAAGCCACAAUCGCGAAACACGCUGCGGGGGUGAAGAUGAGGAGGAUAGAGAAGACUGGCGUCGAGCACGAAGCAGGUCGACGACAGGUCAAUCUAGUUGAGCCCGGCGCUUCUACAAAAACUACUACAACCGAAGGGCAGCUGGUGCACAAUUAUUCGCACAAUAAACUGCAUUCGGCAGUCGCAUCAGAAACCGCGUUUUACGACAGUGAAGAGCAGCAGCAGUUUCUGGAAAUUCAGUCCGGGUAUGACAUGUUGAUCGGCUUCCGCCCGACGGGUUGGGCGUACCGGUCCCAAUCCACGAACAUCAGUGAGCAGCAAUGGGUGUCCAACAACGGUAAAACCAAGGUGGUGCACUUCCCCUACAGCGAGCACAGCAGCUUUUCGGAGUUGAAGGGAUUCGUGAAGGCGUUGAAGCCGCGCGACGUGAUACCAACGGUUCCGGAUAGCUCCUUGUCGAUUCCGGAAAUCAAGAAGUACUUUCUGGAUUGCACGGACGGAAGUAACGACAAGAGCCGGAUCGAGUACUACAUGCGCAAAAUGAGGGAGGAUCAAGAGGAUAUCAGUCGGCUGAAGAAGCAGAAGUCGGAUCUUGGUCAUCAUCCGGAUCAUGAGGAGCCGAACGUGAAUCUGAAUUCGGUAGGCAGCGUGUUCUCUUCCGAUGCCGGAAAGAACAAAAUGCCGGAACUACACCAGCUUCACGUAGAACAACAGCGACUGCAGUUACCCGUUGUUCAUCCACCAGCGUUCUUUUCUCCCGUGCGCCGCUCCGCGCGAAGAAUCACAGAAGAGCUUGAUUUGUGCACAAAAUAUCCGAUUUCUCCCUCCGUUUUGCGAGGGUACGGGGAGGAAGGUUCGCUCUUUGGGGGGAAGAAGAAGAAAGUUCUGAUUCGGAUAGGAGUCGGACGAGUAGACGCAGAUGGGGAAGUAGAGCCUGACUACAGGGCGGGCCAGAACCAGCACAAUCGUGUAGUUGGCCAAUCUAGUAGUAGCUCGUCAACGACCACUGCGAGAACCGGACCACAUAACUUUCCAUCCUCCGCAACGUCCUCCGCAUCAGCGGCCUCAUCCAGCUCGAUAAGUGGUGUUAAUGUUUUACCUGGCAGUACAAAUUCAUCUACGGGUAAAAGUACAAAGAAGACCUCUGUUGAGUGGUUAUCAGAAAACAACGGAAUGGGUACAACUACCAUGAGCGCAGCCGCCGUCCCCUCCGCUCUGUUCUCGGAGCAAGAGCUUCUGCUUCAACAGCGCGAUCCCAGGUUGAUUCACUCGAGCGGACAGAAUUUACCGAAACCCACGAAGAGAAAAAGAGCACGACCGCACUGGGGAGAUGACAUAGACUUGCCCGAGGUAACAAGGGCGGCAGAAGUAUUAAACGACCCAAGUGCAGCUGCAAAAACAAGCAAAUCACAAACAAGCCAACAACAGAAACACAAAUCCAUAAAGCACAACAACAUCGUGAGGUCGCGAACGGCUACCGGUAACCGCGAUGUGGCGGAUUUAACUUCGUUUUUGCCUAUGAGAAGUACAACUUCUAGCAUCAACAAAGCUAGCACUUCAACAGGAGGUCCUGUGAAGAAUAAAGUGAGAGACCCAGCAGGGCGUGCACAAGAAGCUGGCAGUUCUUGUUCUUCACAGCUUUCGUCGAUUUCCGGUGUCAAAUUCGUGAAGUCGGACCCCGCUGAUUUGAUUUCUGAGAAGAAAAAAGUUUUCGAUGAUGGGUCCGUGAUGUACACAACCAUGAACGAAAAGGGGCACACAGAGUUUCGCAUUUGCCACGAAAACCGGAAAAUCUGGGACGGGGAGGAGGUGGCUGAAAUGGUGCGGAGCGGGGUCGUGAAUGAUGAUCCUGUGGGCAAGAAACCACCCAAUCCCAACCACGGCGCUGAAGCAGAAGAAAUCACGGAGAAGCAACUACAACGACCGGAACAAGAAGAAGGAACUUCGGAACUGAAAAAUGCACAAGUGAAUCCCGAAUUAUUGGCGGAAAAAGGUUUCUCCAGGACAGCGAAUGAGGUGAUUGAGCUCGAGUCUUCCUCAGACGAAAUAGAUUUCGUGCAAAUUGCCACAGGAGUGGUUGAGGAUGUUAAACACGGUGGGCAACAAGAAGGAGCCUUUUCGUUUUCCUCUGCGACCGAUGAUGAAGUUGUCGUUCUAUCAGAUUCCGGAUAGCAGUACGAUAGAUAGUAGACGGAGUCCACUAAAGCUAAAAGCAAAAGCGAACAAAUAAA